AUGAAACUGACGAUCGUCUUUCUUAUUGCAUUGUCGAUCACAGUGCAGCAAAGGAACGCCGAAGGCACCCGGGGCACCCAGCUAGAGGCAAUCAAGGAUCGUGUCCCUGCGAAACGAAGAAACCACCUCACAGGGAACCAUGUAAAACGAGAAAACCACACCAUAAAGAACCCUGUAAAACAAAAAGACCACGUACAAAGAAACCCCGUAAAACAAAAAAACCACAUCACAAGGAACCUUGUGGUUGCGGUUGCAAAACCACGCGAAAGGCAACGAGAAGACCAACACGUAGAAGGACAACGCAUAAACCACCUUGUAGAACUACUCGAAGGCCACCUUGUGAAACAACGCGUAAACCACCCUGUGACACCACUCGAAGGCCACCUUGUGAAACCACUCGAAGGCCACCUUGCGAAACAACGCGAAAACCACCCUGUGAAACCACUCGAAGGCCACCUUGGGACACUACUCGAAGGCCACCUUGUGAAACAACGCGAAAACCACCGUGCGACACCACUCGAAGGCCACCUUGUGAAACCACUCGAAGGCCACCUUGUGAAACAACGCGAAAACCACCCUGUGAAACCACUCGAAGGCCACCUUGGGAAACGACGAGGAAACCACCUUGCGACACCACUCGAAGGCCACCUUGGAACACUACUCGAAGGCCACCUUGUGAAACAACACGUAAACCACCGUGCGACACUACUCGAAGGCCACCUUGGGAAACUACUCGAAGAACUACGAGAAGGACUACUCACAGAACUUCUCGAAGAACCACUAGAAGGACUACACACAGAACUUCUCGAAGAACCACUCGACGAACCACUCGAAGAACUACUCGAAGAACCACUGGAAGAACCACACGAAGAACUACUCGAAGAACAACGGGAAGAACUACUAGAAGGACUACUCGUAGAACCACUGGAAGAACCACUCGAAGAACUACUCGAAGAACCACUGGAAGAACCACACGAAGAACUACUCGAAGGACAACGGGAAGAACUACUAGAAGCACUACUCGUAGAACCACUCGAAGGACAACGCAACCUUGUGAAACAACUCACAGAACCACUAGAAGCACUACUCGUAGAACCACUGGAAGAACCACUCGAAGGACAACGCAACCUUGUGAGACUACUCGAAGAACCACUAGAAGCACUACUCGUAGAACCACUCGAAGGACAACGCAACCCUGUGAGACUACUCGAAGAACCACUAGAAGCACUACUCGUAGAACCACUGGAAGGACAACGCAACCUUGUGAAACAACUCACAGAACCACUAGAAGCACUACUCGUAGAACCCCUGGAAGAACCACUCGAAGGACAACGCAACCUUGUGAGACUACUCGAAGAACCACUAGAAGCACUACUCGUAGAACCACUCGAAGGACAACGCAACCUUGUGAAACAACUCACAGAACCACUAGAAGCACUACCUGUGAGACUACUCGAAGAACCACUAGAAGCACUACUCGUAGAACCACUGGAAGGACAACGCAACCUUAACCACUCGAAGGACAACGCAACCCUGUGA